AUGCCUGAGGAAGACAUAGAUCGAUCAACAUUAUCGAGGAAAGGACAUGAAGCUAAAAAUGGGAAAUUUCCAGAUGAGAAGAUAGCAGAGAAAGCUAUAAUAAUUGAUGAUUUGAAGAAACAAGUACUUGAAGGGUCUUUGACCGUAUCAGGUAGUAAUGAUAUCCUCACAAUGGCAUUGGGGAUUACUUGUCAUUCUCUUUGUUGA